AUGCCCGUGCCGCCUGACGCCCAACCCUCUCCCCCCCCCGACGACUCCUCCAUGGCCAACGCGCCCCGUUGGCUCCAGGCUCGAGGCUUCCUCGACCUCUUUAAAGACGGCAACGGCAGCGACCCCCGUGUUGGCUCCGGCCGCCAAGACUCGUCGGGCGGAGGCACUCUCAGCACCGCCUCCAACAGCAAGACGUCGUCGCUCAGCAAACUCGGCGCCACCUUCAUCCCCGUCAUCAUCUACCUCGUCGUCUGCGUCGUCAUCUUCAUCAUCCUCCGCCGCCGAUGCAGUCGCGUUUACGCGCCCCGAUCUAUCCCCGGCCUCAGGGCCCCUGAGUUCCCGACUCCCCCGUUGCCCGGCGGCUGGCUCAACUGGGUCGUUCCCUUCUUCAAGAUCCCCGAUACCUUUGUCCUCAACCAUGGCUCUCUUGAUGGCUUCUUCUUCCUGCGUUUCCUCAAGGUCGUCAGGAAUAUCUGCCUCGGCGGCUGCAUCAUCCUAUGGCCCGUUCUCUUUCCAAUCCACGCCACUGGCGGCGGAGGGCUCACGCAACUCGAUCUAUUGACCAUCGGCAACGUCCAGGACCCGAAAAAGCUCUAUGCGCACGCACUCAUAGCCUGGGUCUUUUUCGGCUUCGUCUUAUACAUGAUUGUGCGCGAAUGCAUCUUUUAUGUCAACCUCCGGCAGGCCUACCUCUCCUCCCCCUACUACUCGCAGCGCAUCUCCUCCCGCACCGUGCUCCUGACCGGCAUCCCCAAAGAGUAUCUUGACGAACAGCGCCUCCGCAAGCUCUAUGGGGACUCUGUUAGGCGCGUUCACAUUCCUCGAACCACGAAGGCCCUGGCCAACCUCAUCAAGGAACGGGAGCAGACGGCCACUAGGCUCGAAAGGGCAGAGAUUGAGCUGAUCCAAAAGGCAAACAAGGCCAAGCAGAAGCAGCUCAAAAAGUCCUCCAAGUCAUCUCGAAGGCCCGAACCUCCCAUUUCGGCAACCGACUCCGUCACGUCUCGGCAAGACCUCGUCACCCUCUCGAGCUGCAGCGGCAACGAACCCACUCCACGCGGUGGCCACCUCGUGCUUGAGCUGCCCGGGUCGUAUCUCCAAGCUGACGGAUCCAGCGAGAAGCCCGGCGGCGCCAGCGACCUUGAUACUGCCGCAGCCAAACAAGAUUCAAAGUGCGAGACUGUCAAAGAAGAAGAUCCCGACUACGUCCAUCCUUACGGACUCGAAGCAAGCCUCCCAGACGUCCGAGGCUCCGUUGCCGCUCAAUACAUCCCCGUCCAGUCUCGGCCCUAUCACCGGCCCUUGGGCAACUUUGGGCGUCGUGUCGACACCAUCCGAUGGACGAGGAACCGGCUCCGCGAACUCAACCUGCAGAUCUUCAAGAUGCGCCGGCAGGUCCGCCGAGGCGACGGAAAUACCCUGCCGGCCGCCUUUCUCGAGUUUGAUACGCAAGAGAGUGCGCAGGCUGCACAUCAGGUCGUUGCCCACCACCGGCCGCUGCAAAUGUCGUCUCGAAUCCUCGGCAUCCACCCUGACGAGGUUCUCUGGAAAUCUCUGAGGAUGUCCUGGUGGGAGCGCAUCAUCCGCAGGUUUGCCAUCAUGUCCCUCGUCACGGCUGCCGUCAUAUUCUGGUCCAUUCCUUCGGCCUUCAUUGGCCUCAUCUCCCAGAUCGACUUUUUGGCCAAAAACAUUGUGUUUCUCGCCUGGAUCAAGCACCUACCCACGGUGGUCCUCAGCUUCCUCCAAGGCUUCGUGCCCUCCAUCGCCUUGUCCUUGUGGAUGGCGGCCAUCCCCAUCAUGCUGCGAGUCUGCGGCGCGCAGGCGGGCAUCCCCUCGGCCACCAUGGUCGAGCUCUUUGUCCAAAAGGCGUACUUUGCGUUUCAGGUCGUCCAGGUCUUCCUCGUAACCACCCUCACCUCGGCUGCUUCGGCCGCCUUUACCGACAUUCUCGAGAACCCAAUCAAAGCCAAAGAUGUCCUCGCAAGGAACCUUCCCAUGGCGUCGAAUUUCUAUCUGUCCUACAUCCUCAUCCAGUGCCUGGCGAGCAGCGGAACCAACUUGAUGCAUGUUUUUUCCCUGAUUCGCCACUGUGGCCUGUCCAGGCUCUCGAAUCUGCCGCGUGCCCAGUACCGGACUUGGCACAAGCUGCAGCCGGCGCGAUGGGGGGGACUCUUUCCAAUCUACGCCAACAUGGGAGUCAUUGCUUUGAGUUACGCGUGCAUAGCACCCCUGAUUCUCAUCUUUGCGGCCGGGGGCAUGGCAGUCAUGCGCCUGGUCUGGAGAUAUAACCUAAUCUUCGUCUACGACUCUGGUAUGGACAGCAAGGGCCUUUUUUACCCGCAUGCCUUGUUGCAUCUUACCAUCGGCCUCUACCUGGCCGAGCUUUGUCUCAUUGGGCUCUUUGCCCUUCACUUGUCGUUUGGGCCGCUUGCCCUGAUGGUCAUGUUUUUCAUCUUCACCGGCUUAGUACACUUUUCGCUUAGCGACGCCAUUGCACCGCUUUUACAAAACCUGCCACAGACACUGGCCAUCGAGGAAGAGAUACAGCGAGAGGAAAAGGCGGCGGCCGACAGAGCGCGAGAGCAAGCCACGGCUAGGCCGGGCGACCAAGGAGGGGAACCAGGCGCCGCCAGCAGCUAUUUUGACCCGGAGCAGGCAUUCGGCGAGAACGAUGCGCGGGGCGACGAUGACGAGGACGUGGAGACAGAAGACGACGAGGCAACGGUGACAAACGACCGGGCCAUCGAGGGGGCCAGCGGCGUCAAGUCUGCCCUGACCGAGUGGCUCAAGUCGAGCACCAAGUCCAAGGUGCAAGCACAGGCACAAAACGUCGGGCUGCCAGAAAUGCUCGAAAAGUUGCGCUUCUGGGCCGGUGACAAGUACGGCGACGGGCCUCCGAGCUUCCUCGCCCGGUGGCUGCACCCAGAGGAGUAUGAAGACUUCAUCGCCCUGCGCAAGAUGAUCCCGCCCGACAGUCUCCCCAUCAUCGGAUACCCCGAAGACCACAAAUACCGCGACUAUCUGCCUCCAGAGCUGUGGACGCCGAAGCCCACGCUGUGGAUCCCCCGAGACGAGGCACGUGUGAGUCGGCAGGAAGUUGCGCACACCAAGAAGUACACACCAAUAUCGGAUCGCGGGGCCAGUCUUGACGAAAAGGGCCGCGUGGUUGUGUACAUGGACCAGGCGCCCUUUGACCGGCCGCAAAUAAUAUUAUAG